CGUGUACGAACUCUCGCGUUGACGAUGAAAGUCUCGCCACCUUAGUUUUACUUUGAGAGGUUAAAUCCGUGCCAAGCUUCCACCAACCAGCCGUUGCACGAAAUCAGGACAUUUGGAGGCGGUUUUGCGAUCAAACACCGCAACACAAUUAGCGGCACCACCAUGCAACGUUUGCCAUUCCUCCUGCUGCUCUUUCUACUUGCCCUCCCCGUCUCCCGGGGGAACUACAAUGACGACUUUGACGACGGCGAGGACCUGGCCGACUUCGACGACAACGACUUUGCCGAGUUUGAGGACAUGAGCGAAGAUGCGGGGCCCGAGGCGGACACCGUUCCGCCGUCGUCCAUUCGGGGCGGCCCGUUCUCACAGCCUGACGAAGACGAGGAUGAAGACGAGGCCACGGUAGAACUGGAGUACGGACAAGACGGUUUUGACGAUUCGGAUGCACAGGAUCAGGACAUUUACAGCAAAUAUGACCGGGAGGAGUUUGAGGUGAUUGGCGACACGGAGAAGCCUGGCCACCCCAUGAAAGACCCCCUCAUAAUCCACACGGUUCCGGCCCAUCUUCAAAAUAGCUGGGAGAGCUACUACAUGGAGAUCCUGAUGGUGACGGGCCUGCUGGCCUACAUCAUGAACUACAUCAUCGGCAAGAACAAGAACAGCCGCCUGGCUCAGUCCUGGUUCAACUCUCACAGGGAGCUGCUGGAGAGCAACUUUGCUCUUGUGGGCGACGACGGCACCAGCAAAGAAGCAGUGAGCACGGGGAAGCUCAAUCAGGAAAAUGAACACAUCUACAACCUGUGGUGCUCCGGACGCGUCUGCUGUGAGGGCAUGCUCAUACAGCUUAAGUUCCUGAAGAGACAGGACCUGCUUAACGUUCUGGCCAGGAUGAUGAGGCCCACCUGUGACCAAGUGCAAAUCAAAGUGACGCUGAAUGACGAGGACAUGGACACGUUUGUGUUUGCCGUGGGCACUAAGAAGGCGAUGGGCCGCCUUCAGAAGGAGUUGCAGGACUUGAGUGAGUUCUGCGGCGACAAGCCAAAGUCCGGAGCCAAGUUCGGCCUCCCGGACUCUUUGGCGAUUCUUACGGAGAUGGGCGAGGUCACGGACGGCGUGAUGGACAACAAGAUGGUUCAUUAUAUCACCAACCACGCCGACAAGAUCGAGUCCAUCCAUUUUUCGGACCAAUUUUCUGGUCCAAAAGUUAUGCAAGAGGAGGGUCAGCCCUUAAAGCUACCUGAAACCAAGAAGACACUGCUGUUUACAUUUAAUGUGCCUGGAAUGGGCAACACGUCUCCCAAAGACAUGGACGCUCUUCUGCCCCUCAUGAACAUGGUUAUCUACAGCAUCGACAAAGUCAAGAAGCUGCGUCUCAACAGGGAGGGGAAAAUGAAGGCAGACCGCAACCGGGCCCGCGUGGAGGAGAACUUCCUGAAGCAGACGCACGCUCAGCGCCAGGAGGCGGCGCAGACCCGACGCGAGGAGAAAAAGCGGGCCGAGAAGGAGAGGAUCAUGAACGAGGAGGACCCGGAGAGACAGCGCCGCUUGGAGGAAGCGGCUCAGAGACGAGAGCAGAAGAAGAUCGAGAAGAAGCAGAUGAAGAUGAAGCAGAUUAAAGUGAAAGCCAUGUGAAGUUCGCCCAUCACCGGCAACGGCUGGACAUUUUGCCACCUCGCUGCUGCAUCAUCGUGUUUUUGUCUUGGUGGGCUUUUAAAAAUUGUACCUGCUUUUAAAUUGAAAGCAUCACCACAGGGCUCUAUUGAUUUGUAAUCAUAACAUUCAUGUAAUCUUCAAUGACAUUUUAACUUAUCUGCUGUGAGGUCUGUUUCUAAUGAAAUAUCUGCACAAAAGUCAAUAAAGAAGUGCACUGGA